UUUCGAGUGGAUAACAUCGUCUUCCGUCUUCGGCAAGCUAGAUCUCUGGGUACUGCACAAUCGCUAGACAGCCACCGUGUAGACGUGGUAGCUCAUAAUGCUGUAACCGUUGCUCAACGGACAUCCCGGGAUGACCGAGAGAGAAGAGACGCAACUUGUAUUGGUGACACACCUGGGGCCAUUGCUGGUAUGCAAAGCCUCGGCUCAAGCAUCAGUUACAGUGUCAAGCAGGUAUGUCCUAAAAACCUAUUGGUGUUUUGAUCGAUGUCUACAGAUCAAAAUUCGAAGUAGUGGGCCCGUGUCAAGAAGCUCAGCCAUCAGCCACUGCAGGCGACUGCUACGAGCCGAACGUUGGAAACAGUCGAUCAUGGAAUUCACGGAGAGAAAAGCAAUGACCUGAGAGCAGGAAAGAACCCAUUUCUCACGCGGUAUCGUCACCAAAGUGGGGGGAAAUAAUGAGACGGG